GAAGAUAAACAAUGCCCCUCACUUCAUUGAGUGCGAACGUACAAAAGGGCAAGGCGCUAAAUAUCAGGGCUAGGUGCAUCUUCACUCUGCACUACUUUGUAAUUUUAUAGAUUUUUUUUUAGCAAAUGUUGCAUUUCCUGUUGCUAUUCAGUCGGCAGGGAAAGCUGCGGCUGCAGAAAUGGUUCGUGCCAGUAUCAGAGCGGGAGAAGAAGAAGGUGAUUAGCGACAUGAUGACGUUACUGUUGUUUCGUCAGCCUCGUACCUGCAACUUUCUCCAAUGGAAAGAUCUAAAGAUUGUUUACAAAAGAUAUGCUAGCUUAUAUUUUUGUGCUGGUCUGGAGGAUCAGGAUAAUGAACUGCUUGCUUUGGAGGUGCUGCACCGAUAUGUUGAGCUGCUGGAUAAAUACUUUGGUAAUGUGUGUGAGCUGGACAUCAUUUUCAACUUUGAGAAGGCUUACUUCAUCUUGGAUGAGUUCCUGAUGGGUGGAGAGGUUUUAGAAACGUCCAGAUUUGCAGUGAAUGUGUCUAUGGAGCAGGCUGACACUCUUCAAGAGACAAUGGAGGAAUAUAUGAGCAAACCAGCCUACUGAACCAUAAGAAGACGAGAAUGUUUCUUAUUCCAAGACUUCCAAAACUUUUAUUACACUGAGCUUGAAGGCUAUUUUUUUUAUCAUCUCAGGGUUCUUAGAAAUAUUUAUUGUUCAGGCACAUGCUCUGUGUGUUGUUGAGUAAAUAGAGAAACACAACACAGUAAGGAAAAAAUAAAGUCAAUGCUUUAUUAACCUCAGGAAUGUCACAUAUGACCACAAUUAAGAAAGAAUUACAAAAAAAUACACAAGAAUCUAAGGAAUCAAAUACUGGCUGUGGCCGUCUGUGUGUGUGUGUGUGUGUGUGUGUGUGCGUGUGUGUGGAACAUUUAAGGCUGGUGAGACAUUUACUGUAUGUAUCGCCGAGCAACAAGUUUGUAUUCAGCAAAACAUCAAAUGAAAGUUUGAACACUGAUUUUUACUAAUAAAUAAGAAUUUUUCUUAAACCUGC